AUGGAGCGGCGACGGACCCCAGGGGAGCCGCAGGAGGAGCGGGGGCCGAGGGAGCGGACCUCACAGCGGCUCGGCGACACGCGGGCCCCGCUCGUCCUGCGCGACGGCACCAGCCCGCCCUGGUUCCAGGGGCGCAUCAGCAGAAAGGAAGCUGAAGAUCUUGUGAAAGAUAAGCCAGUGGGAUGCUUUCUUAUCCGUCUGAGUGACAAAGCUAUAGGCUACAUCCUCUCCUACAGGGGGCAGGAUCGAUGUCGCCACUUUGUCAUAACGCAGAACAAGGUCGGGCAGCUCAUUGUCUCAGGAGACACGGAGACUCACGACAGCAUGGCCAACCUGAUCGAGUACUACAAGACCUGCCCCAUAGAGCCCUUUGGAGAGAAACUGACCACUUCCUGCUUUCAGGCCCCCAGCAGUGAGCUGUACGACAUGGUUCAGGGCAGGCCAACGGUCAGCGUGAAGGCCCUGAAAGACAUGUGGAGCAACCACACCCAUCACCGCACCCCUGACCGCACACCCAACCAAACCCCUGACCACACACCCAACCAAACCCCUGACCACACACCCAACCGUGACUUUCCACCAGCACUGCCACCCAAGACCUGCAACAGCAGGGCAGCCCCGAUGACUUCUUACGACAUAAACACCCCUCCAGAGAUACUACCCCGGCAGCCCAGAGGGGGCGCUGUUCUGAGGAAUUCACUGAGUAGCUCUCAGAAUGGACAAACCGUGGCAUAUGCUCAGUUGGUGCAUGGCAAGAGCGAUGCUAAGGCUAAACACCUGCGCCGCGCGCGACCCAAUGCCCAGGAAAUGAAGCCCAGAGGUGGUGUGGUCCCGGCAAUGCCCACAGUGUACUCAGAGCUGAACCUGGAGACUUCCCGGAGUAUUUCAUUACCAUUCUUUGACCAAAGCCCAGGGGCGAAGCAUCCCUACAGACACACCUCCUUCAACACCCUGAAACCAUCACCCAGCCCCAGCAAGCGAGUUACCUGCCAGACCUACUCCCUCCUGGACCCUCGAGAGCACUUUCGCCAGCCUCCGGCCCAGGGCCUGCCCAGCAGCUGCAGCCUAGACAAGCUGAACAUCAACCCCCUGUACCAGAGCGCUUGGGAGAACUGUCGAUGGGGGCCACCCGUGUCCCAGCAGGACCAGGACGCCUACGCCCAAGUCCCCCACGAGCCCCUGCCUGCACGCUCCGUUACCGACAACACCUACGAGCCGAUCCCAGAUCAGAGUGUUCGGAUCAGCUCCCGCACCCACCCAUCCGUCAGCAACACUUAUGAGCUGAUCCCAGAUCAGUGCCUCAGGGGAAGCUCCCUCACCAACCUAUCGGUCAGCAACACCUACGAGCUGAUCCCAGAUCAGAGCGUCCGGGGAAGCUCCCACACCCACCCAUCGGUCAGCAACACUUAUGAGCUGGUCCCAGAUCAGCGCCUCAGGGAUGGUCCCCUCAGCAACACAUAUGAGAUGCUGAAUGACCUACAGCCCAAAAAGUCAGGGGGAAUGAAGGCUGAUAAGUGGCUGCGAUUUUUUACAGAACAAAAGAAAAAAUAAAAUUUUAAUUCAGAAGCUCAUAGCGGGGCUUCAGAUGAACAUCACCUCUCUCUAUGUAGUACCAUCACAACGGUCUACAACACAAAUGCUUCUUCAGCAGAUGCAAUCUUCUCUUUGAAAACUAUUUCAGCAUGCUUGUGUUUGUACAUGCCAUAUAUUCAAUUUCAAGUUUAUUUACAUUUUCUAUUCUUAUAGAUGUGAAAUCUUUAGAAUGAUUUUGUAUGGUUGUGUUUUGUUUCUGAUGCUUCAUGAACAUUAAUUGUAACGUGAAGCGGCCUGAUUUAUGUGGUUGAUGUGAUCUUUUGUAUUAAUGGAUUCUUAGCAGACUAAUUUAACGUUCAUUAGGACCCCUGAAAAAAACAACGCACAGUUGUUAUCAUUGAGUGACAGAACAGUGUGGCAUCUUAGUUAGUUUAUGUUAAUUAUAUUUUCAAAUGAUGAAUAAUUAAUUAUCAA